GACGGACCCGAAGCUCGAGCGUUCACUCUCGACCACGUCCUCUUACAGAUUAUCUCUCCCAUCCCUGAGCUCUGCAUUGGGCACCACCGACAAUAAAACAUAAUACAUCAUAAAUAUUAAUUACCUAAAAUUAACUAUAAUAUAUGUACACUGUUAUUGUAAUUAAUUAAUAUUAUCAUAUAAUAUUGUAUUGUAUUCGAUUUUGGGCAAUAACGGUGAAACUGACAAAACCGAUCCCGCCAUGGACAUGAAUCAAAUUUUGAAAGACCUUCCCAAGGAAAUGCGAGCUAUGCAUAUCAAAGGAGAAAGAGCAAAACGUGAAUUGGCUGAAUUGGAAAAUAAGGAAAAGUAUGCUGUAAGGAAGUUGAUGGAGGCAACAUUACAAAAGAAAAAGGAGAAUGAGGCGAUGUUAAAAGCGGCUCAAGAAAGCUUGGAUUGCUUGAUACAAAAACUUAACGAGCGUAAGGCUAAAAGUGAAAUUUUGAUGAAGAAAAUCAAUCAAAAACGCAGUAACUCGCUCAUGGUAGACAUGCAGGAUAGAGAAGCAGCUCAAAAUCAUGCUGAGAUCACCAAGCGAAUGAUGGAAAAGAUACAAGAGCAAACUGAAAUUGUAGAAAAGCAAACUAUCAUACUGAAACGUUCACAUGGAUCCAAAGAAUCGUCCAAAUACUAUCGUUCUAAGAUCAAUAAUUUGAAAGCAGAGAUUGCGGAUAAGCAAAAUGAACUGGAUUAUGUGUUGAAUGUAUACACCGGAUUAGGCAAAGCUUGCCAAGAGAUGCAUCAGAAGAACGUCAAUAAGUCAUCGGAAUGCAAGGAAAUGGAAGAGAAUGCUACUGCAAUGCAGUCCAGCGUUGAUUCAUUGGGCGACGACAUACAAAAGUUGACUUCUGAAUGAAUUUUUUUCAUUAAUGAAAGAAACAACCUUCUUUUUCAAAUAUGUUUAUGUUUUUUUUUCAUAUAAACUUGUACGGUAGUUCCCCUUUUUUAUUUAAAAUUAUUCUUUAGGUACUAUUUAAAAACCAUGUGUGUUUGAAAGUGUGCUCGUGUGUGAUGUAAUCGAAUAUCCCUUCAUAAUACUACCUAUAUAAUACUUUCCUAUACUUUUUCUCAAUGGUGGAUUUUAAUCAAAUCCCGGAACUACCUACCUACCUAUCAAAUACAUCGUGUUACUUGAAUAUAAAAAUAAACUGUCAUUCACUAAUG